CUUGGCUCAGACGUGCGGGCACUGUGACGGCAGCAAGCCACUGUGCCUCAGAGUCACCGGGACGGUGACAGCCUGCUCCCGAAAUGAUGGCUGUAAGCACUGAGACCGCAGAGCUUGGGUCUGGCACGUGGGAAAGACCCGUCCCCAGUGCUGCUAUCUUUGCAGGCGCCCGGCCCAGAGAGACCCCAGGAAACGGGGCAAUGGCUCUGUGGGGCUGACUAGGCCUGGACAGCCUCGGGGCCACCUCACCUCCCAUGCAGUGAGUGAAUCACAGCUUGGAGAGGGGAUCUGAGAGGCCCUCGCCUGCCUACUCAACCCUCUCCCUGACGGGGACACCUGCCAAAGGCUCCAGCCGCCUGUGCCCCCCCUCUAGGACCUUCCGGCUGGCCACAUCCCGGCAGCCUGCAGCCCCAUCCUGGGCACGUCUGACUUCACAAGUGGAAAAACACCGCUCCCAUAGUUUCCAUGUGAAGUCUUCCUGCUGCGGUCUCUCCUCACUGGAGGGAGGGAGGGGAGGACAGGCUGUGGGGCGUGCGGCAGGGCCAGGGUCUGGGCAGCUCCUUUGCUUACACGGGCUGCCGCCUGCUGCCCCACGUCUCCCAGACACGGCAGGGAGGGGCUGUCCCUCCAGGACCCACGGUUCUCCCACCUUUCCUGCCCUCUGCACUGGAGGCAGAGUGGCCUCCCCAGGCAGAGGCGGGGGCGUGGGGUCAGGAGGAAGAAGCUGCAUGUUCUUAGUGCCCAGCGGGUGUGUGGCCCUACCCCACUGAAUGCUUGUGACACCGACAGACACCAUGACAGCAAAGUCACAGAGCGAGGGAGUGACGGGGCUGGGACAGGAACCAGACAGGGGCCCUGGGGACCUGACUCAUGGCUACUGGGUGCUUGCACACUUGGGUAGGGAGCAAGGAGUUCCCCUCUGGCCCGUCCUGGGCAGUCCUCUCAGCCCGACUCAGUCUCUGGUCUUGGCUCUUCUCUGCUCCCAGGGACGGAAGAUGAGCUCCAGGAGCGCCCUGCCACUGCCGACCCCGCUGCUGCUCCUGCUGCUAGCCCUGGGGCCCCCCGUGUGCAGCUGCCCCGCUGGCUGCCAGUGUAGCCAGCCUCAGACAGUCUUCUGCACUGCCCGCCAGGGGACCACAGUGCCCCGAGACGUGCCGCCCGACACGACGGGCCUGUACGUCUUCGAGAACGGAAUCACUACACUUGACGUGGGCAGCUUUGCCAACCUGCCAGGCCUGCAGCUCCUGGACCUGUCACAGAACCAGAUCUCCAGUCUGCCUGGCGGGGUCUUCCAGCCACUCUCUAACCUCAGCAACCUGGACCUGACAGCCAACAGGCUGCGCGAGAUCACCAACGAGACCUUCCGGGGCUUGUGGCACCUCGAGCGCCUCUACCUGGGCAAGAACCGCAUCCGCCACAUCCAGCCCGGUGCCUUCGACGCGCUGGCCCGCCUCCUGGAGCUCAAGCUGCAGGACAAUGAGCUGCGGGCACUGCCCCCACUGCAGCUGCCACGCCUGCUGCUGCUCGACCUCAGCCACAACAGCCUCCCGGCCCUGGGGCCCAGCACCCUGGACACAGCCAAUGUGGAGGCGCUGCGGCUGGCCGGCCUGGGGCUGCGGCAGCUGGACGAGGGGCUCUUUGGCCGCCUGCGCAACCUUCAUGACCUGGACGUGUCUGACAACCAGCUGGAGCGUGUGCCACCUGUGAUCCGAGGCCUGCGGGGCCUGACGCGCCUGCGAUUGGCUGGCAACACCCGCAUCGCCCAGGUGCGGCCUGAGGACCUGGCUGGCCUGGCCGCACUGCAGGAGCUGGACCUGAGCAACCUGAGUCUGCAGGCCCUGCCGAGCGACCUCGCAGGCCUCUUUCCCCGCCUGCGGCUCCUGGCGGCUGCCCGUAACCCCUUCAACUGCGUGUGCCCCUUGAGCUGGUUCAGCCCCUGGGUGCGCGAGAGCCACAUCACGCUGGCCAGCCCCGAGGAGACACGCUGCCACUUCCCACCGAAGAACGCUGGCCGGCUACUCUUGGAGCUCGACUAUGCAGACUUUGGCUGCCCAGUCACCACCACCACAGCCACGGUGCCCACCACGAGGCCAGGGGCCUGGGAGCCCACAGCCUUGCCUUCCAGCUCAGCUCCCACCUGGCUCAGCCCCACGCAGCCAACCACUGAGGUCCCCAGUCCACUGGCCACUGCCCCCCCAACCGUGGGGCCUGCCCCCCGGCCCCAGGACUGCCCAGCAUCCACCUGCCUCAAUGGGGGCACCUGCCACCUGGGGGCCUGGCACCACCUGGAAUGUGUGUGUCCUGAGGGCUUCACAGGCCUGUACUGUGAGAGCCAGGCAGGGCAGGAGACACGACCCAGCCCCACGCCGGCCACACCAAGGCCUGCCCGGCCGCUGCCCCUUGGUAUCGAGCCAGUGAGCCCCACUUCCCUGCGUGUGGGGCUGCAGCGCUACCUGCAGGACAGCCCCAUGCAGCUCAGGGGCCUCCGCCUCACCUACCGCAACUUAUCGGGUCCCGACAAGCGACUGGUGACGCUGCGGCUGCCCGUCUCCAUCGCCGAGUACACGGUCACUCAGCUGCAACCCAACGCGACCUACUCCAUCUGCGUCAUGCCCUUGGGGACUGGGCGCACAUCAGAGGGUGAGGAGGCCUGCGGGGAGGCCCGCACACCCCCAGCCAUCAGAUCCAACCACGCCCCGGUCACCCAGGCCCGUGAGGGCAACCUGCCGCUCCUCAUUGCGCCUACCCUGGCUGCAGUGCUCCUGGCUGCCCUGGCUGCAGCAGGCGCAGCCUACUGUGUGCGGCGAGGCCGGGCUGCAGCAGCAGCUGUUCACGGCAAAGGGCAGCUGGGGCCGGGGGCUGGGCCCCUCGAGCUGGAGGGAGUGAAGGCCCCCUUGGAGCCUGGCCCCAAGACAAUGGAGGGUGGUGUGGAGGCCCCACCCAGCGGGCCUGAGUGCGAGGUACCACUCAUGGGUUACCCAGGGCCCGGCCUCCAGGGACUGCCCGCCAAGCCAUACAUCUAAGCCUGGGAGCAGCAGUGCAGCCAGGGGGCCGGGCUCUUGGCCCUUCCUGCAGCCACACUGGGGAAGUUCUCAGCCUGGACGGGACGUGUGCAGGGCAGGGCUAUGUGACCACAGCCAGUCUCCGCCUCUCUCUGGACCUCGGUGUCACCUAUGAGAGGUGACCCAGGUGAUGAGCUCUGACAUUCCCAGAGCCCGAGUGCCUCCGAGAGGGUGUCUGUCCUCUGCAGCGUGCCAACCCCAGGCGCAGUGGGCCUGCUGUGUGCUGGUCACACAGGCCAGGGUCCCGCUGGGCUCCCCACCCCAAGGACACUGGGGGCAGUGAAGGAAACCCCCAGCAAGAGGAGGAGAGUGGGUGGGGAUGGGCCGAGUGGCUCCAGCCUCGGCCCCAGGAAGUGAAGGAACAAAAGAAACUGGAAAGAAAGAUGCUUUAGGAACUUGUUUUGCUUUUUGUUUGUUUGUUUUUUAAACAUAUUUAUAAGAGAUCACUUCCCAUUUGUUCUGGGAAAAUGUUUUUUAAACUCAGAGACAAGGACUUUGGUUUUUGUAAGACAAAUGAUGAUAUGAAGGUCUUUUGUAAGAAAAAUAAAAGAUAACAGGAAAUGA